UCACGGAGGGUCAGCAUUGAAGGGGUGGAUCACUUGAAAAAAUGGCAAAUGUCACUGGAGGAAGGAAAAGGACCAGAGGUGCAGCUAAAUUAUCUAGUGAAGGUGAAGAAGGCCAAGUCAAAAAGGUCAAGUGGGAGUGGCUAGGGGACAAUGGACGAUGGUCCCAAUAUGCGGACGACGUGGGUGAAACUCUUACUAAAUCAUUUAUGUCUGGGAAAGACGAGAUUACAACUUCUGUUGCAAGAAACGUCAAAAUGAAAAUAAAAUUCAAAGACUCGAUGAGCCAGCAGAACAUUAGCACAGGCUGGUCCAGGAAUAUAAGGUGUAUUGGGGAGGCGAAUGAGGGGGCGGAGAAAGCUCUGUGGGAGUGGGAAGAAGGCGGAGUCUGGAAGAGGUUUCCAGAUAGUACUGGAAGGUUCUUAAAUGCCGCUAAACAGUUAUCACUAGAUACAGUCUCCAUUAGUUUGUAUGGGAAGGACUAUACUGUUAAUAUGAAGGAGGACUCAAUGGAGGAUGAGAGUAAUGGAGAUACAGUCAAUAUCAGACAGAUUCAGCCAACUGAUGCUGUGUGGGAGUGGCAAGAUGAAUCCAGUAAAUGGUUACCAUACUCUGAUACUGACACACAAUCUAUUGAAGACGCACAUGCGGCCGGUAACGCCUCCGUUACCAUGACGAUAAUGGGGCGGAGCUACAAGAUUGACUUUGGUAAGAUGGAGCAGGUAAACGUUUCAACAGGAGUGAGCCGGAAGAUAAGAAGAAAUAUACCAGCAGCUACUAGCAGUGUGGCUAGUGUGACUAGUGCUGUGUCUGCUUCUUCUACUGGUUCAGCUGGUGCUAGUAAUGGGAAGAAGAGAGAGAGGGAGGAAGAGAAAGAGGACAGUGUUACUAGCAAGAAGACAAAGAAAAUGAAAGUUGAAAAGGUAGAAGAGGUAGAGGAGGAAGCAGUGAAGACUAAGUCCACUGGAGAAGUCAAGUCUCACACAUUCACUGGUGAUGCUCCAGUUGAUUCUGAAUGUAAAGCUAAACUUGGAAAGGCUGAGGUCUAUUCUGAAGGUAAAGAAGUGUGGAACUGCAUGCUGAAUCAGACUAACCUUAAGAACAAUAAUAACAAGUUCUAUCUUUUACAAUUAUUGAAGGACAAUGGGAAGAAGUCAUACAGCGUGUGGUUCCGCUGGGGAAGAGUUGGUAAGGCUGGACAGAAUGAUUUAUUUAGCUUUGGAGGUGAUCUGGAAUCAGCUAAAAAUGCAUUUAGAAAAAAGUUUGAAGAUAAGACAAAGAACAAGUGGGAGGAGAGGCACUCGUUUGUGAAAGUACCUGGAAAAUAUGACAUGCUGGAAAUGGACUAUGGGGCAGAUGAAUUUCUCUCUUUAGGUAAACUCACUAAGGCCCAGAUAAAGUCAGGAUAUGCAGCAUUGAAGAAGAUUGAGGGUUUAAUACAAUCUGGUAAAACUAGUGGGGACCCUCUCUUCAAGGCUUGUGAUGAGUUUUAUACAAGAGUACCUCAUGACUUCGGUAUGAGGAGACCUCCAUUAAUAACCACUAGAGAAGAAAUAAAACAAAAACUAGCUUUAUUAGAGCUUUCCCAUAGAUACGUAACACAGACUCACGGUAAAACGCACAAUACCUUCAAAUUGGAAGUGGAACAAAUCUUUGAAGUGAAGAGAGACAAAGAAGAAGAGAAUUUCAAAGACGUGGGCAACCGUCAGUUGCUAUGGCAUGGAUCAAGACUCACUAACUGGGUUGGUAUUCUCAGCCAAGGACUUCGUAUUGCUCCACCCGAAGCGCCAGUCACUGGAUACAUGUUUGGUAAAGGAGUAUAUUUUGCUGACAUGUGUUCAAAAAGUGCCAAUUAUUGUUUUGCUACUCGUUUAAGGAGUGAAGGACUCCUCCUACUAAGUGAAGUGUCACUAGGGACACCUAACGAGUUACUCUCAGCUGAUUACAAUGCUGAUAAGCUGCCAGCAGGAACACAGAGUGUCCAUGGUAAAGGUAGGAUGGUACCUAAUCCUGCCUACAACCACACACUUCCUGAUGGCUGUGUGGUACCAUUAGGAACACCCAUUGAUACUGGGCUAACUAACACUGGGGGAUAUACACUCAACUAUAAUGAAUUCAUUGUCUAUGAUACCAACCAAGUUAAAAUGAGGUAUCUAGUUUUGCUGAAGUUUAAAUUUAAAUAAAGAAUCUUUUUAAUGGAUUAAAAAUACAUUCACUAUAUUCCUUACAUGCAUGUUGUUGUGUUGCUAUGAAUAAUGAACUAUGUACUAAUUUGCCAUAGAGUGAUAUUCAUUUACAUUUAUUACUUUAUAAAGAAAUAUUUAAUUGACCAUGUUAAGUCAUCCGUUAUUA